CAAUUUACACCACACACCAUUUGAAAGUUGAGACCAAGUACCUCAACUCAACUUACUUUUUCAUUUACAUGCAGAAUAUCUUUCACCGUAGAGAAACUUAUUAUUUCUAUUAUCAUCAACAGUUCGUUUUAUUCUUUUUUCUGUUUUUUUAAUCAUGUUUAUUUAUGUAGCGAUCUGACCAAUCGUCUCCUCAACCACGGAACUCGAGAUUUAAGUAUCUCAGGAUUUUCAUAAUGGCAGAUGACUUGCUUCAAGAUGAUUACGUCGGACAGCUGGAUUUGGAUGCUGAUGAGGAGGAUGCACUACUUGAAAAAGAAUUUGAGAACCGGCACUCAAUUUUUCUUGAUCAGGAUGGGGAAAAAGUACACAGGUAUAAUUUUGAUGAUGAUGAGGAGGAGGACAUUCUGGACAUCGGAGUGCCAGAAGAUUUGGCCUUAAUAGAAUCCGAUUACUCAGCAGCUGUCGAGAAGGCGCCUCAAAGAAUAGUGGAGCAAAAGGAUUCAACCAUCACAAUUACAAAUUUUCCAAAACCGACCACCCAAAACAACCCCAUUUCUAUAUCAAGCAGUGCGGCGAAUGAUAAUGUUUCAGAGAAUAUGCCAUCCUCUACUUCGGAGCUUUCUGUUGCAUCUAAAGGUGAUGGAGGUGGGUUCAAAAGUGCAAAAAAGAUUGUUAUCUUAAACAACAAUCCUACAGGUUUAGCAGUGAAGCCAAAUUUACAGAUUUUUACCAAAGAGCUUCGCAACCGUAGAGAAAACAACAUAAAGAAACGGCUUGGAGGCCAAAUGAGGCCAGGUAAUGCUCGUAUAAGACCACCAAUGAGAAUGCCUCAUCAAAGGUUUAUGGGGCCGAAUCAAAUGGGUCCUCCUCCAUUCCGGCCUCCUGGCCCUCAAUUCCGAGGUCCAGGGCCUAUGCGGCAGGGUCCUCCACCUAUGCGACAAGGUCCCCCACCUAUGCGACAAGGUCCCCCACCUAUGCGACAAGGACCCCCACCCCCACGCCCAGGGCCACCCCCUCAGCAAAGGACCUCUGGUUUCAUACCUCGCAAGAUUCUCAUCAACCCACAUUUCAAUCAGAACCAGCAGAAUAAAGGUCAAUGGGGCAAUCAAAAUACGCACCCUCCACCACAACAGUUUCAGCAAAUGCCACCGCAACAAGCACCUGAGCCACAAUGGCAGCAUCAACAACCACCUCAGCCACAGUAUAGUUCUUCACCGUUUCAAACUUUGCCUUUGUCUCAGCCCCCACCCCAGCAACGAUUUCGGCCUCCUGGACCAUCACCAGAAUACAAUCAAAGGCGAGACUUUCCCCCUCCAUCGCCAGUUUUAACCUCUGAGCCACAGUCUUACUAUCCCGAUCAGCCUCAGCCAUACCGAGCAGAGUAUGCACCGUACCAAGAAGUACCAAGUCAAGCGCAGGAUUCCUCCUAUGGUCCCCCGCAGACGCCCCUCUACCAACAAAACUACCAACAAUACCCACAAUAUGCCGAGCCACGGCCUCCACCGCAACCAAUGCGAGUUGAUGGAGGGUACGACCCCUCGCAGGGAGCGCCAUAUGAUCCUCCGCGACAAGGUCCCCCCCCUAUGAUGGGUCCCCCUGAAAUGGAAGUUGUGCAAGAUUACAUUGAAAAUCCUCCCAUGCAUCAGAAUUACUCUGCACCUCACGAUCAGUAUAGCAAUGAGAUUCCUCAAAACAAUUACGCACCACCUCCAAGGCUGUUUGAAGACUCAAAUCAGUUCUCUCGCCCUCCGCCCCUAGACACAUUCCAUCAGCCACCAUCAAAUCCGCCCAUUCGGGCCGACUACCAACAGCAACAGGGCCCACCUCGCUCUUUACCACCCCGCCACUUCUCUGAGCCAAGCCAAAACUAUAUGUUCAACCAAGAUGCUCAGAGAUACGACCAGAACCAGUUCGGGGAGCCAGGAAAUUCUGGUUAUCCUCCUGAAACCCGCCCACCUCCUCAUCAACCUCCAAACCUAUUUAGCCGCCCGCCAGAGCAGCUUCCUCCCCAGGAGGUUUCCAGGGGAAACAUAAAGAAUCGACUCGGUGCUCGACUACCAGCAUCGCCUCAGAAUCCCAAAAGCAUGCACCAGUCUGCCCUGGGCUCCCCACCGUUCGGCCAGAAGAAACGUCUCAAUGCACCUCUCUCUAAUCCGAGUUUUCCUAUUGCGCCAAAGCAACCCAGAUAUGAUCAAUCUUCUAAAAAAGUUCCUUUGCGAAACAUUCUAGAAGUUCAAACUGUGUCAAACUUACCUGAUACGACAUCCGUUGAUCGAGAACCAUCUGUGCAGUCUCAAAAUGAAGAAGAAGAUGAAGAGAUGCGGGAGUAUCGAAAGAAAAUCGAAGCUCAAAAGGCAUUCAGAGAAAAAAUUUUUCAAAUUAAAGAAGCACGUCGGAAACAGGCUGUUCUGCAGCAAACAAAAGCUUCAAAAACGAACAGCUCAUCAGAUUCUGCGCCCAAACCACCAGAAUCAAAAUCAGUGCAGCCCAUUGCAACAAUUGUAGGAGCAGGUAGUGGAAAACGACCAGUGGCCGCUCGAGCUAAUGCUUCGAAUGUGCUAGCCAGACGCCAGGCCCGUUUCCAAGGCCCUGCAAAACGUGGCUCUCCGAGGAAUAAUGAUAUUGUAGACGUAAAUAAACCUUUUGAAACUUUUAAUGUAAAAAUGGUUGAUGGUAGAAUCAUGAUUCAAUCAAAGUUAGAAGGAAACCGAUCCAUCAUUCUUCCCGACACUACACAAGAACAAAAAUCACAGCCGGGAGCAGUGGCAGGGGAGUCAGCAAAAGGUGUGACACAUCCGAGAACUCUUGAUGAGCGUUUUUCUGGCCUGAAAUCGGGUGUGUUAGUCCAGCCUGAUGAAGAGCGAUUUACCUCGAGUGCCAAUCGAUUAGUCCUUCCAGCUAAGCAGAGUGCUCCUCUGGAUCCUAAAGCAUCAAGUAUUGUCAUCAUAGAUGGACUUUCAGCAUCAACCAAAGCUCAGCAACUAGUCGACAUAGCCUCUCAGUGUGGAAAAUUAGCGGAACUGAACUUGAAACAAAGUCAAAAACAGGCAAUACUCAAAUUCAAAACAGCGGCCGGUGCUGCGGAAUUUUUCAAGAAAUAUCAACGUAAAAUGAUAGACCUAUCAAUGAUAACUCUUACGAUGGGACCACCGCUCGCAAAUUCUUGAAGCUGCAGCAAGUUGGGGUACUUACCUCCCUCAGAAAAUCGGAUAUGACCCUCUGAGAGAUUUUCCAAAGGCAGUUCCUAAAUGAGCUGUGGAGCUAGAUUUUGGUGACUUUAAGUACAACUCAGUGUUUUUUUAGAUGAUCUGACUUACGUGAAAGUACUUAGUUUGUUAUGAAAACAUCUGAUAAGUCCUUUACCUCUUGAAGUCACUAUUUUGACAUCUUUUUUUCAAUUUGUGUUAAUAGAAUUUUUUUUUGUUAUGUUCUUAUCUGCACUUAAAAUACCAUCUUUGAAAAUGUUGGCAUGGAUCUUUGCCAACACCAAUAUUUUUGCAAUUAUUCCUGAAAAUUUGAUUUCCUAAUUGUUUUUUAAUAGUUUUAAAAAUAUCCUCAUCAAAACUUUUUUGCUAGUACAUGAAAGAACAUCCAGCAAAACAAGAUGAUUGGUUAAAUAUUUUUCUCUUUGUCAAUAAAUACGUUGACAAAAAGAUAUUAGUUUAUAUUCCAAUUUUCACUGAUAUUUUGGUAUUUAGCGAAAUAAAUUAAGGCUUCAAUUAACAAAAAGACACUUUCAAAGUUGAAUGGCUGUGAAUGUAAAAGAGAGGCUGAACAUUUUGAAAAUAAAAAUUCUGUCCCAAGCAUCACAGGCAGAGUUCCACCAGAAAGUAAUCAGGGUUGGAAUUUCAUGGCACAAAUAUAAUGUUUGCUCAGCCUUUCUGAACUUGUUUUUUGCUUAAAAAUUUCUAUGAGCUGAUUCUGAGUCCUCUUCGAUAAGGCAAGAAUUUAAGUUCGCAUCUUUAUCUUCCUUUUUCAUCUUUAUCUUUCUUUUUCAUUUUUGAUGCAACCUAUAACUUGAAUUGCAUCUCUUUCCUUGCAUUUUGCCCUCUAUUUUUUUUCGAAUUUUUAUUUCAUGAAAGUAAACGAGUCAUUAAAUAUUGAUUAGCAUUUAUUCAUGAAGAUGUCAAGGUGAAGAAAAAGUGUUCUGUUAUGUUUAAUCAGCCAUUAAUUUUUGGCCUUGAAUACUUGCGCAUCAAUACCUUCUCUGGAGGAUGAAUAUUACACCAAUGACCCUUAUUCUUUAUGAAUGUAAUCAUAAAAUCAAUCAGCACGUAAAAAGCAUAAAUGUUAUGUAAAUAUGUAAAUUUUGUUUACAGGACAAGAUUGUAAAAGAAUAAACUUUUUCCAUUUCGAAAA